AUGGUUCAAAACGAUACUGGAGAGUUCAGGCGCAAGACCUCGCAGUUCAGGUCCGUCAUACCUUCUGCGCAGUAUCCAGCCGAGGCCGGUCGAUAUGUCCUGUACAUGAACAACCUUUGCCCAUGGGUCCACCGAACCCUCAUUGUGCGAUCUCUCAAGCACCUCGACGAUAUCAUCGAGACUAUCGAGGUCGAUUCAUACGCUCCUGGUAGAGGCUGGACUUUCUCUGGCAAAUACGGCCCGGACAGGGAUCCCAUUACAAGCCUCAAGACCAUGCCGGAAGUCUACGAGAAGCACCAUCCUGGCUGUUUGGCGAAUGGCAUUGCUUCUGUACCUGUAUUGUUUGAUAAAAAGACUAGUAAGAUGCAUCCUGCUCGUGUGCCAACACCACAAAACUUAACACGCGUGAUAGAUACCAUUGUCAACAACGAGAGCAGCGAGAUUAUUCGCAUGUUCUAUACAACUUCCGCGUCCAUCGUACCACCCAACGCGACGCCAACACUGGACUUGCUUCCUGCCGACCUCAAAGACGAAAUCGAAGCCAUGAACACCUGGGUCUACGAACAAGUCAACAACGGCACCUAUCGUGUCGGCUUCGCAACGAGUCCCCAAGCCUACAGUGCUGGCGUCGAGCGCUUCUACGACGGCCUCGGGCGCCUCGAGACGCAUCUCUCCGAUCCAGCGCACCGGCCUUAUCUCUUCGGUACACGGCUUACUGAGGCUGAUGUGCGCUUGUUUCCGACUAUUGUGCGAUUCGACAUUGGCUACGUUGGGUUUUUCAAUCGCAGGCCGGGCGAUGCGAAAUUUAUUAGGGACUGGUAUCCAAACGUGGACAAGUGGCUGAGGACGUUGUAUUGGGACGAGAGUGUAGAGACUAGCGGCGCUUUCAAGAAGAGUGUUGAUUUUUCGAAGAUGAGAGAGGGUGUUGCGAAGGUUGAAGGUAUUGAUAAUGACUUUAAGCUGCCGGAUAUAGAUAUUCUGCCAUUAGAGAGCGUAGCGUAG